CAAUUCUUCAAAGAAUGCAUCGAAUUUAUACAUGAAUGCCGGAUACACAAUGGAUCUGUUUUAGUUCAUUGCGUCUGUGGAGUUUCUCGUUCCGUCACCGUUGUUGCAGCUUAUUUAAUGGCUAUUAGUAAUAUGUCCUGGAGACAGUCACUAAAUGCAGUUAAAGCUUCUCGAACACAGGCCAACCCGAAUUCAGGAUUUCGCCGUCAAUUGAUGAAGUUUGAA